AUGGCCAUGGACUUGCUCCCUGCACAGGUGACAGAGUCAGUGACAUUUAGGGAUGUAGCUGUAUUCUUCAACCAGGAAGAGUGGUUAUACCUGGACUCUGCUAAGAGAAUCUUGUACCGAGAGGUGAUGCUAGAGAACUACAGCAACCUGAUCUCACUAGGGAUUCCUUUUUCCAAACCAAGGAUCAUCUCCCAGUUACAGCAAGGGAAAGACCCUUGUGUGGUAGAAGAAGGAAUUCCUCCAGGCUCCUGUCAAGGUUUCAAGACUUGGCCUAAAAUAGAAGCCUUGCCUCCCAAACAUGACAUUUUUGUAGAAGAAACAUCUCAGGAAAUAAUAAUGAAAAAAGCCAUUAAGUGUGGUCAGUGGAACAUCAAGUUUGGAGAAGCUUUGGAUUUUGAGAGCAGACUAGAACAGGAGCAACAGAAGAAGCCUCUUAGGCAAAUUGUAGCCUCAUACAAGAAAACCAUCAGCGGAGAUAGAAACCAUACAAAUCUUGAACUGGGGAAAGGCUUAUUUAUAAAUACAGUUCUUGUUAAACAACAGAAUGUUCCUAUAGAAAGGAUACCUAAUAUAUAUUAUACUUUUGGGAAAGAUUUUAAACAAGAUUUUCAUCUAAUGAAAUCUUUCCAAAUUUAUCCAGGAGAAAAAUCUCAUAUUUAUAAUGAAUGUAGCAGGAACUUCAAUCAUAGUCUUCAUUUUAUUGAGGGCCAGAGGAUUCAUACUGGUGAGAAACCCUACAAAUGUAAUGAGUGUGGGAAAACCUUCAACCACAGAUCAUCCCUUAUUGCCCAUCAGAGAAUUCAUACUGGGGAGAAACCUUACAAAUGUAAUGAAUGUGAGAAAGCAUUUAGCAGCAGUUCAACCCUGAUCAAACAUCUGAGAGUGCAUACUGGAGAGAAACCCUAUCAAUGUAACGAAUGUGGUAAAGCCUUUAGCCAGUGUUCAACCCUCACUGUACAUCAGAGGAUUCAUACUGGAGAGAAACUCUAUAGAUGUGAUGAAUGUGAAAAGGCCUUUAAUUGCAGAGCAAAGCUUCAUAGACAUCAAAGAAUCCAUACAGGUGAGAAACCCUAUAAAUGUAAUGAGUGUGGAAAAGGUUAUAGCCAGUUUACAUCUCUGGCUGAACAUCAGAGACUCCAUAGUGGAGAACAACUGUGUAAAUGCAUGGAGUGUGGGAGAACCUUCACACGUAUCUCAACCCUUAUUGAACAUCAGCGUAUUCAUACUGGACAGAAACCCUAUCAAUGUAAUGAAUGUGGGAAAACUUUCAAUCAGUAUUCAUCCUUUAAUGAACACCGGAAAAUUCAUACUGGGGAAAAGCUCUAUAGGUGUGAAGAAUGUGGAAAAGCCUUUGGUUGCAAAUCCAACCUUUAUAGGCAUCAAAGAAUUCAUACUGGAGAGAAACCCUAUCAGUGUAAUCAGUGUGGAAAAGCUUUCAGCCAGUAUUCAUUCCUAACCGAACAUGAGAGAAUCCAUACUGGAGAGAAACUCUAUAAAUGUAUGGAAUGUGGGAAAGCCUACAGUUACAGAUCAAACCUUUGUAGACACAAAAAAGUUCACAACAAAGAAAAACUCUAUAAAUGGAAGGACUAUGAGAAACCUUUCAUCUACAGCUCCUCUCUUAGUCAUUAUCAAAAUUUUCUUCGAGGAGAUAAGCCCUAA